AUGGGCGUGGACGCGGAGGCGCUGGCUCAGCUGGCGGCCACGGGUCUGGCGGGGAUCUUCGCAGGCGCGUCCAUGUACAUCAGUGUGGCGCAGCACCCGGCGCUCAUGGAGACGGACGCGCUGGUAUUCCAAGCGCCGUUCUUCCGACGAAUGUACUUCUACGCGGCGCGAAUGCAGGGACCUGUGGCGCGUGGUUACAAAAGCAGCGCGGGCCACACGCAGGAAUGCCGCGCCUUUGGCUCAUGA